GGCAUGGCGAAGAACACCAACAUGCGCUGGCGGCUCCCGCUCGUGUGCCUGCUCUGGGAGGGGGCCAUGAUCGUCCUCUUCGGGGUCUUCGUGCGCUUCGGCGCCGAAGCUGAUGCGCACUGGGAGGAGGAGAAACGGGAGAUGAACCUGACCAGUGACAUGGAGAAUGACUUCUACUUCCGAUACCCCUCUUUCCAGGAUGUCCAUGUGAUGAUCUUUGUGGGCUUUGGCUUCCUCAUGACCUUCCUCAAGCGCUAUGGAUUUGGAGCUGUGGGUUUCAAUUUCCUCCUUGCUGCCUUUGGGAUCCAGUGGGCCCUCCUGAUGCAAGGCUGGUUCCACUCUUUCAAGGAUGGGAAGAUCCUCAUUGGAGUGGAGAACCUGAUCAAUGCUGAUUUCUGCGUGGGCUCUGUGUGCAUCGCCUUUGGGGCCAUCCUGGGCAAAACCAGCCCCAUACAGCUCCUUGUCAUGACUUUGUUUCAAGUCACACUCUUUUCAGUGAAUGAGUACAUCCUCCUCAACCUUCUUCAUGUAAAGGAUGCAGGUGGCUCCAUGACCAUUCACACCUUCGGAGCCUACUUUGGCCUCACGGUGACACGGAUCCUGUACAGACCCAACCUGGAGCAGAGCAAGGACAAGCAGGGCUCUAUGUACCACUCUGACCUCUUUGCUAUGAUUGGUACCCUGUACCUGUGGAUGUACUGGCCCAGUUUUAACUCAGCCAUUUCUGACCACGGGGAUGCCCAGCACAGGUCUGCCAUUAACACGUACUGCUCGCUGGCCGCCUGUGUCCUCACCACCAUGGCCUUCUCCAGCAUGCUGCAAAAGAAGGGCAAGCUUGACAUGGUGCACAUCCAGAAUGCCACGCUGGCCGGCGGCGUGGCCGUGGGCACCAGCGCCGAGAUGAUGCUGACUCCAUAUGGCUCCCUCAUUGUCGGCUCCAUCUCUGGCAUCGUGUCCACGCUGGGCUAUGUCUACUUCACGCCUUUUUUGGAGUCUAGGUUGCACAUUCAGGACACAUGUGGCAUCCACAACCUCCAUGCCAUGCCAGGCCUUAUUGGGGGCAUUGUGGGGGCCAUCACAGCAGCUGCAGCCACGGAAGAUGUGUAUGGAAAGGAAGGGUUCAUCAAGGCGUUUGAUUUCACGGGCGUGUACCAGACGCGGACACCCAGUAUUCAGGGAGGCUUCCAGGCAGCCGGCAUUGUGGUGUCUCUGCUGAUGGCAUUUGCUGGGGGAGCCAUCGUGGGGGGCAUCCUGAAGCUGCCCAUCUGGGGGGAAGCCGCGGCCGAGAACUGCUUCGAGGACGGCAUUUACUGGGAGGUGCCGGAGGACGAGGAGAGCGACGUGUACCACAUGCACAACCCCGACAAGCCCGCCUCGCCCUGA